UUUCAGUAUGUCAAGCCUGGAGGAUUUUUCCAAUCAGCUCUCGUCAUUGCCAAAUUGGGGGAAGGCCGCCGUAGCUGGUGGUUUAGCUUUGAUGAUUUAUAUUCCCUAUAAAUGGUUAAUGACAAAGCCAAGGAAAAGUCCACUGAAGGAGGACUGGAAGAGUGGAGUUGUUUAUCUCUAUCAAUUCCCACGAACGAAACUUGUGCCAAGUUUCUCGGCACCAUGUCUCAAAGUCGAAACAUGGCUUCGCAUGGCUGAAAUUCCAUAUGAGAAUAUUCCAUGCUUGCUAUCACCACGAUCGAAAGAGGGAACAUUACCAUUUAUUGAAUAUGAAGGUGUCGAGUAUCCAGAUUCAUCGUUCAUCAUUCGGGAUCUCACCAAGAUCAUGGACGUCAAACUCGAAGAUCAUCUUCACGAUGAACAAAAAGCCUUGUCACGUGCCUUUGAAGAAAUGGCGCAUGAUUCGCUGGCGAAGUCACAUCAAAUAUUCAGAUUGGAAAAUGUUUCACAGCUUGCCGAUAUGCUACCGCAAGAAGUUUUUGGAUUUUUCUAUCCUAUUUGGAUUUACUUAUUUAAAAGAAAAUAUGUUAACAACGUGUCUUCAAUGUUGACUUGGUCAGCCAUGGGAAAGCACAGCCGUGAAGAACAAAUAAAUAUCGGAAGCGAUGACCUUCGUUCGAUAAGCAAAUUCUUGGGUACAAAACACUAUUUCACCGGAUUUAAGCCAACUCGAAUUGACGCCACAUUAUUUGCGUUCUUAGCGCAGAUCGUAUAUGCUCCUUACGAGAACGAACAUCUCAACGUCAUCAAGAGUGAAUGCCCGAACCUGAUCGAAUAUGUAGAGCGUAUCAAGAACAGGUACUGGCCCGAUUGGCAAGAUGCCACGACAAAGUUCUCAAUGGACAGCAAUUGGAAGAAGCGACCAAAAGGCUAUGCAUCAUUGACGAGCUCGUUAACGAAUUCGAAUGACACAUUGUCGAAAAAAUAGGCAAUCGAAUUUGAACACAAACCCACAUUUGCUAUUCUUCAUCUUUUGGAUGAGCUGACAUCUCAUUCAGCCUACGGAAGAAUAUUCACGCCAUCUUGCUCUAUUCUGCCCACUACACGAGAUAUUGGAACUCCUUUCCUAUUGCUAGCUUUCUUUAGUUUUGUUAUAGGAAAUCGCUGUUUGCGUAGAAUGCUGCUUCUACAUUCAUCAUAUGCGCAUUGUGCAUUAUGCAUUACACACUUUCGUUGUGCAUUUCCAGAACAUUCGUUGUUAUCUCAAUAGCCUUAAAUUUAGCCCAAUUAGAGAGCAUAUCUUAGUGAGUAACAUACUAGCAUAAUACUGUGAUCUUUG